GGGACUCUGGAGGAGGGCUGCUGAGUGUUUGAGCUCCGGAAGCGGCGCUGGAGCUCCUCUCGUCUCAGCGGUGUUUUAUUUAGAGGGUCGUAGACUAACUCCGCUCCGCUUUAAAACCUUCUUCACUGAAGGGAUUUGUGAGAGAAGGCAGCGAAACCGUCUCACCGAGUGCAACAUCCGGGGAACAAUAAAAAGGGGGGAUGGUAGUUUUAUACGAAGGCCAGUCUUUUGCUGCUCUGAGGAGGCGGUGCAGACAGAAUGGAAGCCUGUUUGAAGACCCCCUGUUCCCGGCAUCUGACCAGUCUCUGUUCUACCAGAGAAAUCACAUUGGCCACGUCACCUGGAAAAGGCCCAAGGAUUUAAGCAGCGACCCUCACCUGUUUGUGGAUGGGAUCAGUGCUCAUGACUUGCAUCAAGGUCAGCUGGGAAACUGCUGGUUCGUUGCUGCUUGUUCCAGUCUGGCUUCCAGAGAAGCACUCUGGCAAAAGGUAAUUCCAGACUGGAAGGACCAGGAGUGGAACAAAGAAAAACCAGAAACGUAUGCUGGCAUCUUUCACUUCCAGUUCUGGCGGUUCGGUCAGUGGGUAGAUGUAGUGAUUGAUGACCGGCUUCCGACGGUGAACGGAGAACUUGUUUACUGCCACUCCAAUGACAGGAAUGAGUUCUGGAGCGCGCUGGUGGAGAAAGCCUACGCAAAGAUGUGUGGGUGCUACGAAGGUCUGGACGGGGGCAACACAGCCGACGCUCUGGUGGAUUUUACUGGGGGCAUUUCUGAGCCGGUAGACUUGAUAGAGAACGGGUACAAAAACGAAGAGGAGAAACUGCACGACUUGUUUGAAAGAGUCCUGAAGGUGCACAGCAGAGGGGGCCUCAUCAGCUGCUCGAUCAAGGCAAUGACUGCACAGGACAUGGAGGCCAAACUAGCCUGUGGCCUGGUGAAGGGCCACGCGUAUGCAGUGACUGAUGUCCGCAAAGUAAGGCUUGGGCACGGUCUGCUGGCCUUCUUCAAGUCCGAUAAACUCAGCAUGAUCCGCAUGAGAAACCCCUGGGGUCAAAAAGAGUGGAACGGGCCCUGGAGCGACAGCUCUGAAGAGUGGAAGAAGGUCAGUAAGAGUGAGAGGGAGCGGAUGGGCGUCACUGUGCAGGAUGAUGGAGAGUUCUGGAUGACGUUUGAUGACUUCAUUGCUAACUUCACAGACCUCAUCCUCUGUAGUCUCAUCAACACAUCCUAUCUGAGUUUACAUAAGACCUGGGAGGAGGCUGUGAUGCGGAGUUCCUGGAGCCGCCACGAUGACCCACUUCGCAAUCGUGCUGGGGGCUGCAGCAAUAACAAGCAUUCCUUUCUUCAGAACCCACAGUACGUGUUUGAUGUGAAGAAGCCAAGCGACGAGGUACUGGUCUGUCUGCAGCAAAAAGACCGCAGAGCCACUCUGAGAGAAGGACGAGGAGAAAACCUGGCAAUUGGCUUCGACAUACAGAAGGUGGAGCUAAACAGGACCUACCGUAUGCAUGCAGUCCAGCAGAAGGUUGGAGGAAGCAUCUUCAUCAACUCCAGGUCUGUGUUUCUGCGCAUCGAACUGACCCAGGGCCGUUACGUCAUCAUUCCCACAACAUUUAAUGCCGGCCUGGAAGGAGAGUUUCUGCUCCGCGUCUUUGCCGACGUUCCCACUGACUGCAAGGAGCUGACGCUUGACGAGCCACCUCGCACCUGCUGGUCUGGGAUGUGUGGUUAUCCCUCACUUGUCACACAGGUCCAUGUGGUGCAGGCUGACGGACUCGCAGGACAAGACUCAGACGGAGUCUCAGAUCCUUAUGUUAUCAUUCGUUGUGAAGGAGACAAGGUCCAAUCUGCAGUCUGUCAAAACACACGCGCUCCCAACUUCGACACUAAAGGACUCUUCUACAGGAAGAAAGCCAACCGACCAAUCAGCAUUGAGAUAUACAACCACAACAUUCUUAAGGACGGCUUCCUGGGUCAGGUGACGGUGCCGGCUGAGCAGGGAAGAAUCCAGAAGACGCUUCACCUAAAGGAUAAAGGCGGCGAGAACGAUAACGACCUCCCUGGUACCAUCACUCUGGUCAUAGAAACCAGCUCGGUGCUGACCAGCAUCUGAGACUAAUGCUUUUUUAAAAUAAUAUAUUCAGUAUAGUAACAUAGUGUUUGCGAAUCAAAACAUAUAAACAAAUCCUCUGGGUUUAUCACCACAUACUUAAAAACACGUUAAUGAUUUCUUAUGACUAUUGUUUACUUUCCUUAAAGUUGACUAACAGUAUAAAGUUUGAACGUUUUCAGGUAAUCUCUGUAGUUCCUGUUGAAGAUUAAAUGUCGGAGCUCCAUCUUACCGGGUAUCAAAACGAUGCCAUCAACUUUGAUUUCUUACCAGAUAUAUUGUUUUUCUGUCUGUGGCACUUUAAAUUGUGAAUGUUUAGCCAACUUUUAUCUCCAUUCUGUCCAUUCUAGUUUAAACUGUAGAGUAUUAAUAAAAACAACACAUAUUAAUACAUGAUUGUAUUAACUGAUAUCCUCAUCUGCUUUCUCAUCUGCCCGGUCAUUCGUGUGGCAUCAGUGAAAAGCAUACAGUCCUGCAGAGGAUGGCAGAGUUUAGUGUAACAAACACUUUUAACUAGAAAGGUCAGAGGUCAGGCUGACUUUCUUGGUUGUUGAUCAGCAGAGAGAAAUGCCUCGGCGAGGUAAAAGAUUCACCUCCUUCUGGUAUGUCUUUAUUUUUCCUGUGAAAGCAGAUUUCAUGGCAGAAUGGGCAGAAUUACCCAACAUGCUUGGUGUUAAAGUUUUUUUAAUUUGUUUUUAUUUUAACUGGUUUUAACAUUCCAGAAACUGAAACACUGAACCCUGCUUUGGUUCGGAUGAUUCAAGUUUCCCAGUCAACACCUGAAUCCAGUUGUGUCUCAGAUAUGCUGAAUGUUUGCGAUAUCUCUCUAAACUGAUGCUGCAUGACAGAGCUUCAACCACAUGUGAUAUAAUCCACUAAAAUCACAGCCUCACCUCUGCCUGUAGGUGGCACUGUGUGCUUUUUGUUCCAAAUAUCUCAUGUUUCUGGUCUGAUCUUUCUGUGACUUUCAUAUAAACUACAUUGCCUUCCGGCGUGAUGCUGCGUAUUAACAGUGCCAAGUUUUACAACCAGAGUGAAUUCACAGAGAUAAGUCUCACCUCACAUAUGUGCUUUUACUUGUUUCCUGCUAAAACCUGUUUACAUGUCAUUGCUGCCAAACACACUAGCCUGCGUGUUCAUUUCUGUGUUGGGAAUAAAUGACAAACCCAACUGUUUUUCUGCUGGGAACCAGUUUACUGAGCCCGAGUUUAAAAAUGGGUUUAACUCCACUGUCGGCAAAAUUUUCUCUUGCCAAAUCAAAGCGGACCAAUAACAAAUCGUUUUAAUGUUUGGUUAGUGAUCUGAGCAUGAAUUGUUUUAAUCUGUUCUGCUUCAUUUUUAUUGAUUUGUGAUGUAAUGUUAUAAUAUAAAGCCCUACAGAGCUGUAUGUCUAUUUGUAUAUGUAAGAUAAAUUUAUUAAACUUUUCCAGCAUAAGA